AUGCUGAGUUCUUGUAGUCGUGAAGUACCACCUAACCAAAUGAUGAACCUUUUAACUAAGAAGCAAUCUGGGCACAAGACGCUUAAAGAGCGCUUGAAAUCCAAAAAUAAAACUAUCCAGCGCCUGAGAAACAGAGUUGCCUGGCUAGAGUUGCAGUUAACAUUGCACUACACAGAGGAUAAAACUACUAAGGACGAUCGUGAAGAAAUCGUAGUUGAAGAUGAUUGCCUAAAAUGUGAACAACUGAGGAAAAUGCUGAACAAAACUUUGAAACUGCCUCCGCUUCCAGGGCUACAAAAUCUAGACGAAAACCAAUUUGACAGCCGAACUGAGACAAAUUCUGUUAUCAGCGAUAACGAAACAGUAGUGAGCAUUGAUGAAGAUGAUUUUAAACUCACUAUUCAACCGUCCCACAAUUCUCUAUCAAGUGAUCAAAAAGGAAAUGUUGAAAACCUUCCUCAUGAUGAUGACGGCUUCUUUAGAGGGGAUCUUGCCGGUAACACCUGUUGCAUUUUAGUAGUGGUGAUGGCGAUGUUACUUGUUUCUUGGAUCUGA